AAAAGGCAUAACCAUCGUAGGAUUUUCCUCUGAUUUUCAAGAUGGCGAAGUUGGUGUUGCUGGUGGCUUUGUUGGCGUCGGCGGGACGCUGGUCGCUGGCCUCUGAAGGGAACACGGUGGAGCAGCUGCUCUCUCCUUUGCACCCCAACUGCACGCAGAGCCUGACGGACCUUCUCCUGCUGCGGCAGGAGACUCAGAUGAACAGAAUGGCCACGGCGCAGGAGGCCACGACGGAGCUUCUGGUUCAGGUUCGUGACUCACUGCUGAUCCUGAGCAGCAAGGCAGAAGAACGCAAACCCGGAAGCGUGGUGUGUGUGUCUCCAUUCACGCAAGUAGGAGGCAGCUGUCUCCUGCUGGCGCUUAACGAGCUGCACACUUGGGCGUCAGCAAGGCAGUUCUGCGCUGGGCACGAGGCCGACCUGGCUCACUUCUCGGAUGCCAACACCUACGCAGCCAUCCUCGUUACAUCAACACCAUCAACAAGCAGUCGAAAAAUGUGAAUAUCUGGAUCGGUGGGUCAGACGAGGCCGUUGAGGACACUUGGGUCUGGGUCACCGGGGAGCUGAUGCCCCGGGGGGCGCCCUUCUGGGGGUCAAGGGACGGGUUCAAAGCAUCGCCCAGCGAAGGUCCAGGCGUAAAUUGCGCACUUCUGUGGCAGGCAGAUCGGUAUUACACAUUUGAUGUAGGUUGUUCUUACAAAGCUGCUCCUCUCUGCCAGAAAUGGGUCUGAUGGCUUCGAUAAAGGAGACAUUUGAUAAUAGAAGUAAUAUGGUUGGUUUUCAUUAUCAUCGUUGUUGUUGUUUAGAUCAUUGGUUGUUGUCUUUUGUUAUUUUUCUCAUUGUCAUCGUAAUUCUGAAUGACAAUCGGUUAUGUAAGUAUGCGUAUGGAUAUAAAUAUAUCUACAUACUGCAUAUCAUAAGCCUAUAAAUAUGUUAUCGAUAUCUAUAUACAUGAUAUAUACAUGCAUAUGUGUUCACACACACACACACAUACACACAUACACACAUAU